AUGAAAACCACCGCCGGCUUCGAUCUAGUCCCCAAACUCUCAUGCACCUCCCCAGAAGACCAAAAAUCCUGGAACACCUUCAUUUCCCAAAUCCGCACUCAAUAUCCAUCGAACCCAAAUGUACAAUUCAAAGAAAACUACAUCCUUUUCAAACAUUUUGAAGCGGAAGAACAUCAUCCUAUGCUCCCUUACAUAGGUCAUAAGUUCUUACGGUUUAGUUCGAGUAUAAACCCAAACCCGGGGGACAAUAGUAUUCUUAAUAGUGAUUUCCUAUCCGUGCUACAUACGGUUUGUGGAAUUGCAAAGAAUAUAUUUGGGAAGAAAUUUAGAUGGUGGCGUGACGAUUUGAAGGAAGAUGGAGAAGGUUUUUAUGGAUGGCAGGAGGUUUGGGAGAGUUGGGCAUCUUAUGAUAUGCCAAACGAUCCAACCCCCUCACCGCCCCCCAACAUCAACCCCCUUGCAAGUCCGCUCUUCAAAGUCCAAACCAUCCCAUCCAAAGGCCGCGGUCUCAUAGCCACAGUAAACAUCCCAACAGGCACCCGAAUCCUCACAGAAAGCCCUCUAUUCACCAUCCCCAGCCCUCCAAUCCCAUCCCUCGAAACCUCGAUCUCCAAAACCCUCAAACCCCUUUCGAAAGAAAAACAAUCCGCCUACCAUUCCCUCCAUAACAACUACCAGUCACCAUCUUCAACUUCAAAAAUUAAAACACCACCCCUCUCAGGAAUCUUCAAAACUAACGCUAUACCAUGCGGUUACAACUCCAGUAUCGCGGGUAUAUACCUCACCAUCUGUCUAAUCAACCACAGUUGUAUCCCCAACACCUACCACAACUGGAACGAAAACCUCGAACAAGAAACAAUACAUGCGAUCCGCCCCAUCAACGCCGGUGAGGAAAUCACAAUCUCAUAUAUCUCGGAGAGUAUGAGUAACCCGCGUCGGAAAAGAUUACAAGAAUGCUUCGGUUUUGAUUGUCAAUGUCAACUAUGUACUUCUGAUCCAAAACAACUGGAGUCGAACGAUGAAAGACGACAGAGGAUUUUGGAACUAAAUGAAUCUAUUAUGUCUAAUGUUACCGCUAGCUAUAGUACCACUACUAUUGACUCAACCCCAAUCGACUGUUUGAAGGAUUGUAGGAGGUUGAUAGGGUUGCUUGGACAAGAAUAUGAUGGGUCUGCUGUUAAUUUCGAAGGAGGGGCUUAUUACGAUGCAUUUAGGGUUUGUAUAAGACAGGGGGAUCAGGCUAGAGCUAAGGUCAUGGUUGGAAGGGCGUAUGAGAUGAGGGUUUUGUGUGAAGGUGAGGAUAGUGAGUCGUCAAGGGAUUUGAAGAGACUUGUAAUGAAUCCGACGGUUCAUAAGAUGUAUGGGUUAUCAAUGAAGUGGAGGAGUGAAGUGGAGGAUGUGCCGGAGGGGUUGGAGGGUGAAGAGUUUGAGAAGUGGUUAUGGAGGGAGGGUUGA